AUUAAAAUUGAAAAUUUAAAAAAGGAAUUCAAGAACAUAAUUGAACAUGUUAUUGCUACAGGGAAAAAUGUGAAAAAUUGUGUUAAGGAAGAUAAAAACGCGAUAGAAACCUUAUUGAAGGAAAUAAUUAUUAAUGUUACAACUUGCAUAUCAAAUAAUAUGAAGCUCAUGGCCAACAUAGAGAUAUCGCACAAUUCAAAUGACAUCGACGACUCAAUAUUGUUAAAUUCAGUUCAAAAUAAAAUAAAAACGAGCUUAGUAACAUGUGGAGAGAACAGUGAUCAAUGUUUGAAUAACGUGAAAGAAGAAAUCCUUGCCGACAUAGAUCUCGCAACUUGGAAUGUUUCGCAAAAGGCUUUUCAAGUUAGAACGGCUGUUGACAACGGUCUAGAGAUCGUCGUUUCUUGUGUUACUGAAGGUCUCACGAUGGCGUCAACAGCGAUAGCAAACGAAACUAUCCAGAUUAUCCAAUGCGUUAAAAACAAAGAAUAAAGAGUUAGGUACACACAUAUGACUUAACCAUAACGAUAUAUAUGUAUAUCAUAAAAAGAAAAAAAGCCGUACUAGAAAAUGGCGACUAUUAUAAUCUAUAAUAAAGAAUGUUGUAUAAUUGAUACUUGUCAUUUAUAAAAUACAGA